CCUCUUCCUCUCUCUCAAGAGACCGAGAGAGAGAGAGAGAGAGAGAGUAUAGAGAGAGAGAGAGAGAUCAUCGUCUUCAUCAUCUUCAUCAUCAUCAUCGAAAUCGAGUAUCGAGAGUUUUUGAUCGAUCGAUCGAUGGAUCCGGACGGGGUGGCGCGGGCGUUCGUGGAGCACUACUACAGGACGUUCGACGGGAACCGGGCGGCGCUGGGGGGGCUGUACCAGGAGGGGUCGAUGCUGACGUUCGAGGGCGACAAGAUCCAGGGCGCGCAGUCCAUCGUCGCCAAGCUCACCUCCCUCCCCUUCCAGCAGUGCCUCCACCACAUCUCCACCGUCGACUGCCAGCCCUCCGGCCCCCAGGGCGGCAUGCUCGUCUUCGUCUCCGGCGCCAUCCAGCUCGCCGGCGAAAACCACCAGCUCAAGUUCAGCCAGAUGUUUCAUUUGAUGCCGACGCCUCAGGGGAGCUUCUACGUGCUGAAUGACAUAUUCCGUCUGAAUUAUGCUUGAAGAGUCUUUUAGAGAGUCUGGAAGAUAACUUUUCCUCUUUUGGAUUUGCUAUGAAGUGAUGGUUGUUAUUUCCUUCUUUGCUCGUUUUCGUCUUUGGUUUUUUUUUUUUUUUUUCUUUUGGUCCAAUUGAAUGAGUAAUUGAAGCAGGAUGUUCGAACCUGUUCGAAGACCUAUACAUCAUCUUAUCCUCCCCAUGUUUUAGGGAGGUGGCACAGUGCUUCUCUUAUCAGUAUUGAAGAUUUGUUUUCUUUUUUGACUUUUCGGUGCAUGGAUGCUAAUUAAUGUCUAUAAAUCUCUUGAAUGUUUGUUUU